AACUCACACUUUUUGCACUUCAACCGGCCGUCAUUGAGUUAUAUAUCCCACCAUGAGUCAGGACAAACCUAUCCCCAUUACUGUGUUUACAGGUUUUCUUGGAAGCGGAAAGACAACUACGAUUCUCGGACUGUUGAAAAGGCUUCCCGAGGAAUACAAAGUGUGUCUGCUGAAGAAUGAGUUUGGUGACAUUGCAGUCGAUAGUCAGUUGGCCAAAGAAUCCAAUAUCGGUGUGCAGGAAAUGGUCAACGGCUGUUUAUGCUGCGUUCUGGUAGGUCAGAUGAAAUUAGCAUUAAUGGAAUUGAAAGAAAAAUACAACCCGGACAGAAUCAUCGUGGAAACAAGUGGAUCGGCGUUUCCUGCCCCUAUUGCUUGGCAAAUUCGUGAAAUGGCGCCCGAUGGAUUUGUGUUGGAUUCCAUCAUCACCGUCGUCGAUUGCGUGAAUUUCACCGGUUAUGAAGACACAAGCUAUACGGCCAAGCUACAAGCUCAGUAUACAGACGUUAUUCUGCUCAACAAACAUGAAUUGGUGGAUGAGCGGCAGUUGGAUACGGUGAUGGAUCACAUCAAUGAAUUGAAUACGGAUACGCCCAAAGUCAAAUGCGACAAGGACGGUGUGUCCCCCGAUUUGAUCUUUGGUCUUGAUACACAGUUGUUCAAAGUGACGAAUGAAAAGACACACCAGCUCAAUGAAAUGGUAUUUGACCCGCAUCAUCAAGAGAAUGAAGUGGAUCUUGUUCAGAUUGUGCAGACCACCGAUGCAGGCAACAAUAACAUCACACGCGAACUUCUCGACAGCUUUUUGAAAACCAUGCCCAAGGAAGAUAUCUAUCGAAUCAAAGGGUUUGUGCGGGAUAACCUGGACAAGCUUUAUAUCUUAAAUCAUGCCUUUGGUCGCUUUGAAUUAACCGAGGUCACCAACGAAGAAACGCUUCAAGAAGCGAAAGACAUUCAAUUGAAAAUCACCGUCAUGGGCCAGGACCUUCGCAUGUAUCAAGAUAGAAUCAAGAAUGCUUUGCUGGGAACUACCGAAGCCGAAGUCACUUUAACAGCAGCACAUAGACAUUAAAUGAUAGAAAAUAAACACAGUGUUAUUGAAAGAUGUAUUGCAAU